AUGAAAUUCACCGCCAUCAUCGUCGGCAGCUUGGCCUCCAGCGCCUUCGCCAGGCACACCUUCUUCCAAGCCCCUCGUAACUCCAGCAAGCCUGCCGUCGAGAAGCCGGACGUGGGAAAGCAGAUCCUCGACAAGGCCAUGACCGCCGCUAGUAUUCCCUACGCCUGGGGUGGAGGUUCUUGCGACGGACCGUCGCAAGACCAGCCGCCCUACCAGUACGGCGACAUCGGGUACGACUGCUCGGGACUUGUCUGCUGGGCUGUUUGCCAGAUCACCGGACGUGAUCUCUUCACGGAGGGUCUCCGCGUGACAUCUGACAUGUACUGUGCGUCGGAGAAAACAUUGAAGUAUAAGAAAUAUCCAUAUGAGGACCGCAAAGCAGGCGAUGCUAUCUUCUUUGGCGGCGAGUGCGACUGCGCUGAUAGCAGCAGUAUCUAUCACGUUGGGUUAAUGAUGGACUCGGGCGAUCGCAUGUGGAAUGCUCCCAAUGAUCGAGUCAACAAGGUCCAGGAAAAUAGCAUUGCCAGUUUCGGAGACACGCCGUGCCCUUAUGUUGUCCGUUUUACUUAG